UCUCUCUCUCUCUCUAUAUAUAUAUAUAUAUAUGCCAUUGCCAGAAAAUUCAGAGGGAGAAGCCCGGAUCCGAAACUUUACCCGAGAUGACCCGACCCUCCCGAAGAAACACUCGAGGCAAAACCGAAUCCUCUUCAGAUGGUGAUCAACCGCCAAUUAACCAAAAUCCGAAUCCGAAAACCCGAAUGCCCGCUCGCAGGAACCGUAAAUUCAGUCGGAUCCUAAGUUUAUCUCUCUGUGGACUUCUUCUCGUCGCAAUUGGAUUAUUUUUCAAUAAAUAUUAUAUAAACCCUAUGAAGAAGACUGUAAAACCCAGGGUUGUUACUCCAUUACCUGCUCCCAAGCUCAUGGAUCUUCCAAUGUUUCAAGGGGAGCACAAGGAGAGUUUGUACUGGGGAACAUAUAGACCCCAUGUUUAUUUCGGAAUUCGUGCAAGGACUCCACAAUCUCUGGUUGCUGGUUUGAUGUGGAUUGGUGUUACGGAUGGGAGGUAUUCCAUGCGACAUGUAUGUCAAGAUUCUGAUGGACUCAAGAAAUACGGCUGGACACAUCAUAAUGCACGGGAUUAUGGACGCCAAGUAUUUGUCGACCAAAGAUUGACAUUGACAACAAGUUUUCUGAAAUCGAAGGAGAUAGAGAGUGGUUAUGGAGGGGACUGGGCGGUUCGACUUGAAGCAGAUACUGAAGAAGUUAAUAAGGAAAAGACAGAAAUUGUGCACCUUUUCUUUUAUAUGGCUGAUGAAGGUGGAACUGCUCUAGGUCUGGGUAGGGGCAUUUCAGACAUUACCGAUGACCACACCCUGGCAUUUGGGUCACGUGAUGAUCUUGGUAGUUGGCAGCUUCAUUUAGAAUCAAAGGAUGUCUUUGAGUUCCAUUACGCUGGUUUCAAGACGCAGCACAUUCACAAUUUAUCGGAUCUUGUCCAAACAAAUCUUGGAAUUCAGGCUAGGAAUCUUGGCCGGUUACAGCUUUCAGAUACAGCUGAUUAUGCUCCAAAUAUUCUAGUUUUCCAGAUUUCUGCAAAACUUCCUUUCAAAGCAGAUAUUGCUUUUAUAUCAAAAUCGAGCGAUUCUACUUCUAGAACCGUAGAACGUGUCAAAGUCCUUACAGGGGACUCUUUAACUAGUCUUCUAGAGCAGAAGCAGAAGCAGUUCGACGACAAAUAUCAAAGAUGUUUUAAUAUGCCUGAUGAGCUCAACGCUGAAGCCAUAACAGUAGGUAAAGCAACUCUUGGGAAUUUGUUGGGUGGGAUUGGCUACUUUUACGGCCAAUCAAAAAUUUCACUUCCAUCAUCCUCAAAUCUUGUAUCUGGUGAUAAUUAUAUUUCAUAUUGGCCAGCUGAGCUAUACACAGCAGUGCCGAGUCGUCCCUUCUUUCCUCGGGGGUUUCUCUGGGAUGAAGGUUUUCACCAACUAUUGAUCUGGCGUUGGGAUGUUAAAAUUUCUUUGGAUAUUAUCGGGCAUUGGUUAGAUCUGAUGAAUGCUGAUGGAUGGAUUCCACGUGAACAAAUUUUGGGUGCUGAAGCUUUAAGUAAGGUACCAUCAGAGUUUGUCCUUCAGUAUCCAACAAAUGGAAAUCCACCGACAUUGUUUUUGGUUUUACGAGAUUUGGUUUCUGGCAUUAAGAAAAACAAAUUUACAGCUUCAGAAACAAAUGAGAUUACCAUCUUCUUGCGUCGAGCAUUUGUGCGUCUUGAUGCGUGGCUUAAGUGGUUUAACACCACUCAAUCAGGAAAAGAUGUGGGGACCUAUUUUUGGCAUGGAAGAGACAAUGUGACCACACGUGAACUGAAUCCUAAGUCGCUCUCUUCUGGACUGGAUGAUUAUCCACGUGCAUCACAUCCCAGCGAAGAUGAACGCCACGUGGAUCUUAGAUGUUGGAUGCAUCUUGCUGCAGAUUGCAUGAGUUCAAUUUCAGAAUUACUCGAGGACAGACACGUCGGAAAGGAGUAUGGCUUGACAGCAAAGUUGCUCUCGGAUUUCGAGCUUUUAAAUCACAUGCAUUUUGAUUAUGAAAGUGGAGCUUAUUUUGACUACGGAUAUCAUACGGAGAAGGUUCGCCUCAGUUGGCGGGUGGUAGAAGCAGCUGGCAGUUAUCCUACUCGUGAAUUUGUACGGGAGGUUCUACAGAAACCUACACUGAGACUGGUUCCUCAUAUUGGCUACGUCAGUCUUUUCCCCUUUAUGGAUAGGCUUAUACCACCUGAAUCGUGGAUAUUAGAGAAACAGCUUGAUCUCAUCUCAAACACGAGUACGCUAUGGACUAAGUAUGGACUCAGAUCUCUUGCCAGAACAAGCUCGAUUUACAUGCAACGCAACACUGAGCACGACCCACCGUAUUGGAGAGGGCCAGUUUGGAUGAACAUGAACUAUAUGAUUCUUUCAGCUCUUCACUAUUAUUCUGAAGUGGAUGGGCCGUAUAGAGAUCGAGCGAAGAUCAUUUACAACGACCUGAGGAAUAAUUUGAUAAGAAAUGUUGUACGGAACUAUAACGAGACUGGCUUCAUAUGGGAACAAUACGAUCAAAAGAAAGGGAGGGGAAAAGGCGCUCGAGUUUUUACUGGUUGGACAUCACUUAUAGUGUUGAUCAUGUCUGAAGUAUACAGUGACAGUUAGGACUUUGGAAUUGGACCAUGGUUAGGUUAAAACUUAAAAGUUGAUUAACAUUAAGUGUACACCUUUUUAGUUUAGUAUCAAAUUUUGGAAAUUGAGAGCAAAGAGAACUAAUUGACUACAGUGCAAUAUGCAUGUAAUAUUUAUGUGGAAUUCAGCUGUAACUUGAUAAUUAUCCUGAAAGGGCUCAGAGUUUAAUUUUACCGUCUGAUUUUGUGCAA